AUGGGUUCACAAAUUCAGAAAAGCGAUGAGAUCACCUUCUCAGACUACCUGGGCCUCAUGACUGCCGUGUACGAGUGGGCAGACAGCUACGACUCCAAGGACUGGAACAGGCUGCGGAAGGUCAUCGCACCGACUCUGCGGAUCGACUACCGCUCCUUCCUCGACAAGCUGUGGGAGGCGAUGCCGGCCGAGGAGUUCGUCGCCAUGGUCUCGUCCGAGGCGGUGCUGGGCAACCCUCUGCUGCGCACGCAGCACUUCAUCGGCGGCACCCGCUGGGAGAAGGUCUCGGACGACGAGGUCAUCGGCUACCACCAGCUGCGCGUCCCCCACCAAAAGUACAAGGAUGCCAGCCUCAAGGAGGUCACCAUGAAGGGCCACGCCCACUCGGCAAACACCCACUGGUACAAGAAGAUCGACGGCGUCUGGAAGUUUGCCGGCCUCAGGCCCGAUAUCCGCUGGGGCGAGUACGACUUUGACAGGAUCUUUGAGGACGGAAGGGAUGUCUUUGGCGAGAACUAA